AUGGGAGCAGCAGAGCAGUUUGCUCUGGCGCUUGCUGUGUCUCAUUUGGCUCUUUGUCUCGCGUCAUCGCUCCCCAUGGGAGCAGCAGAGCAGCUUGCUCUGGCGCUUGAUGUGUCUCAUUUGGCUCUUUGUCUCGCGUCAUCGCUCCCCAUGGGAGCAGCAGAGCAGCUUGCUCUGGCGCUUGCUGUGUCUCAUUUGGCUCUGUGGCUCUUUGUCUCGCGUCAUCGCUCCCCAUGGGAGCAACAGAGCAGUUUGCUCUGGCGCUUGCUGUGUCUCAUUUGGCUCUGUGGCUCUUUGUCUCGCGUCAUCGCUCCCCAUGGGAGCAACAGAGCAGUUUGCUCUGGCGCUUGCUGUGUCUCAUUUGGCUCUUUGUCUCGCGUCAUCGCUCCCCAUGGGAGCAGCAGAGCAGCUUGCUCUGGCGCUUGCUGUGUCUCAUUUGGCUCUGUGGCUCUUUGUCUCGCGUCCUCGCUCCCCAUGGGUGCAACAGAACGGUUCUUUCUGGCGCUUGCUGUGUCUCAUUUGGCUCUGUGUUCUCGCGUCCUCGCUCCCCAUGGGUGCAACAGAGCGGUUCGCUCUGGCGCUUGCUGUGUCUCAUUUGGCUCUGUGGCUCUUUGUCUCGCGUCCUCGCUCCCCAUGGGUGCAACAGAACGGUUCGCUCUGGCGCUUGCUGUGUCUCAUUUGGCUCUGUGGCUCUUUGUCUCGCGUCAUCGCUCCCCAUGGGAGCAGCAGAGCAGCUUGCUCUGGCGCUUGCUGUGUCUCAUUUGGCUCUUUGUCUCGCGUCCUCGCUCCCCAUGGGUGCAGCAGAGCAGUUUGCUCUGGCGCUUGCUGUGUCUCAUUUGGCUCUUUGUCUCGCGUCCUCGCUCCCCAUGGGUGCAACAGAACGGUUCGUUCUGGCGCUUGCUACCACAUAUUUUCCAUAUUGCUUUUGCGUCCUUACAUCUACCCAAAUUUGUCCUUUCAGCUGUAGAAUAA